CCGAGAAAGGGAAGCAGCAGCAGUUAGUGUCCUGUUGUCCCUCGGACACAACGCAGCAGCCGCAUCAGGAGAGGGAUUCAGACAGAGACACUUGUUGGACUGUAGGAGGAAAGUCUUUUGGCCAGGAUGAACUUUGCCGCCCAGUUAUUCUACUCAAGCUACUUGAGUGAGCGACUUGAGCGUUUGUACUCACCCAAGCCUGCACUUAAAGACAGCGAGGAGAAUGACCCCUUUUGGCAAAGAGAGGAGCUGCAUUUGGGCCCCAGUCAGCCCAGCGGCUCCUACAAAUGUGGCCCCCCCAUCAGUAACGGCAUUGCGGUGCGCAGACCCACCCUCAUUGAACCAGAGCGUCUGAAGGACUUUGGUGAGGAGGAGCUUCUCAAUGGAGAUGUGAAGGUCCAUGAAACCAAAGUGGUGGGGGCUUCUGAGAUCAUGCUCAUGAACCCUCCCAAAACCAGACGACUCAGCGAGUUCAGAAUUGUCCCCAGACCUCCUAUUCAGUAUCUCCGCUUUGAGGACAUCAGUGCGGCAGCCUUCAGAAUCCAGACAGGGAUACAGAAGACACCCUGCACGUACUCCAGACUGUCCAAACAGUACGGGAUGGAGAUCUACCUGAAGAAGGAGCACCUGCACUACACAGGCUCUGUGAAGGAGAGAGGAGUCCUGUACCUGCUCUCCUCCCUCACUCAGGAGCAGCAGAGGAAAGGUGUGAUCGUGGCCACUGACUGUAACUUCUCCAUGGCCGUGGCUCAUCAUGCAGUGGAGCUGAAGGUCCCGGUGUUUGUCAUCAUGCCGUCAUGCUGCUCGUCACCCCGCCUCAGGAUCUACAGAGACUACGGCGCCAUGGUCAUCUCCUACGGCAGCACCGGCCACGACUCCCAGAACCACGCCCGCCAUCUGGCCAACGAGAACGGAUACCUCUACCUGGAAGAAGAUGAGUGUCCAGCGUACCUGGCAGGACUGGGCACUGUGGGCAUGGAGAUAUAUGAGCAAGUACCCAAACUGGAUGCAGUGGUUAUUCCUGCAGCAGGACAGUACGGUCUACUGGCUGGAACAGCUGCAGCCAUCAAACACCUCAACUCUCAGAUUCUUGUCAUCGGAGUUGAACCGGAAGGUUUCCCUCUGCUGCUACAGUCUCUGAAAACAGACGGUCCAAUCAAAGAUAUGCACACCAACCCCAACAAGAAACUUUAUGGAGAUCUUAUGGAGCGUUCGCUUGGUGUCAACACCUUUGAGUUGGCAAAGAAACUGGUAGAUAAAGUCAUUUCUGUCAGUGAGGAGAACUCCCUGGUGGCGAUGCUGCGAUUCCAGGAGUUUGAACGCUCUACUGUGGACACAGAAGGAGCCAUAGGACUGGCUGCAAUCCUAGCUGGACAACUACCAGAACUGAGAGGCAGAAGGGUGGCUGUAGUGGUGAGCAGCGCGAACAUGGAGCUGGAGCUGGUGAGGCAGUGCGUGGACCGAGCCCUGGUGCUGGAUGACCGGGUCAGUAAGUUCACGGUGCAGCUGGGAGAGUGGCCCGGAGACAUGGCCAAGCUGCUGGACGUCCUGUCCAGAGAGGACGUCAGGUUGCUGGAUGUCUGCCAUCGGAGACACGGUGACAAAUCAGACCUCUUCAAGGCAAAGGUGGAGUGUGUGGUGGAAACCAGGGAUAAGACACAGAGCGUUCAGCUGCGUAAGACGCUGAGCGAGCGCUACCCUUCAAUAUGCUGGCUGGACCGGUGAUCACAACAACACCAUGAACACAAACUCCACUGAAAAUUUCAAAAGUUUUAAAAACUGAAAAGACACAUUCAUUAAAGAUGAGACAUGACUUGCAAACACAUCCUGUAAUAUACACCCCCAUGGUACACAAGCUGUGUUUUGUGAAACUCAUUAAAACAAUGCUUGUUCAGCAGUGUGAAUACAGAAAAGCCUUGAGAUUAUAGAGCAAAUAUUCAUUAUAUUACUUGUGUUACUUACGCUGCUAUUGUUCUUGUUUAUCAUGGCACUGUAAUUACAAUAGAGUGGUUACACUGCAUUCAGAGAAUGAAUUUAGUUCUUACAGAGCAUGAAUAAUACACUCUGCACUAGCUGCAGGCUACAGAUAGACACAGGCUUACCCCUCCAGUACACAGUAUACUGCUCCCUACAACAUCAGAUAUAAGAUAUAUUUUUCCAUGACUGUUGCUUUUUUAAAUGCUGUAUAUAUUUCUGUAUUUAUACUGUCCAAGGUGGUAGUGUCAAUCCAAGUAAGUGUUCUCCAAAUAAAACUGGACAAAUUCUGGACAAAUGA